GCUCGAAGGGCAUGGAGAUCAUUACGUAAAACGUGCCAUGUGACGGCGGAGAGGUUGGGUGAGAACGACACGUGUUGUAUCAUUAUCAAGUAGGUACAAAAGCCGCAAGGCUUAAGAGGUGGGUCAGGGUGAGAAAAAGUCGUAUAAAAGGAGAGAGAAAAGGCGACAGAGAUCAGUCGAACGAGUAUCUCCGACACGGCAACAACUGCAGCGCACUACUUGUCACCAAUUGCCUUCUUCAUUGUACAACCAAUUCGCAAUCAUGGUAUAGUUAACUAUGGAACUGCGCUGCUGUGUGGUGAUGUAUCGUUACUAAUGGUUGGAUCUCUGCUCCAGCCUACUACACCGAAGUCCCCAAGUACUACACGACUACGAAUGCUGCCCCAGCCUGCUAGACCAAGGCUCCAGCUUAUUUUAAUACCAAAGCGGACGAGUACUACACCGAACCUCACAAGUACUACUCUGCCCCGAUGUACACAACCACAACUGAGGCGGCCAAGUACUACGUAGUCCAGACUUACAACACAGCAGCUGCUCCUUCAUACUACGUUGAACUGAAAUACUACACCAAGGCUCCAGUUUGCUACAGCACAGCUUACGCUACACCUAGAUACUAUGACGAAGCCCCCAACUACUACACCGAAGAGGCCACAUAUUACACAUCCACGUACGCUGCCCAAGUUUACUACACCGAGGAACUGAAGUAUUACUCUGCUCCAAGCUACUACCAAAAUGAGGCUCCUGUUUACUACAACAAGCCACCGUGUAUUACAACCAAAUGUUAACUAUGGCGUCGUGCUGCUGUUGGUUGUAUUAUCCUUGAUGGUUGGGCCGACCACUGGUGAACUGAUGUGUUUUGGGUAUGGCGGAUACCAAACCGCAACGCCGGAGUCUUACUACACAACAACAUAAGCAACAACCGGAUGCUUUACCACCAAGGACCCAGAGUAUUACACCACAACUUAUAAUGUCCCGAACUUGUACACCGAAGCUUCGAAGUACAACACUGCCCCGAGUUAAACCACGAAGGGAGCGGAGUACUACACCACGAAGGGAGCGGAGUACUACACCACAAAACUACGCUUCCGCAACUUACUACAUGGAGGUUCCUAAAUGCUAGAGCCGAAAUUUCCAUUUGAUUUUAUUUACAUUUGUCGGUUGUCUUCAUGGUCAUUGGUCACUGGAAAUUAAUGGUUGAUCUUAAAUGAGAAA